CAUCACCAUCACCAUCACAGAUACCAAUAACAAUACCAACUUUCUCAUCACCAUCGUUAAAUUAUCCUCCAUUAGUCUCUACACCAUUUACUAUGAAUAUUAAUAAUAUUUUACCGAACUUUAAAGGUUUAGCAGAAGAACGGCCUGUUCAAUUUUUAACUGAAUUUGAAAUUCGAGCUGUUUCUCUUGUCGGGAAAAACGAUACUCUCCUAUUACAAACUGUCCAACAGGCCCUUUCUGAAGGUGCUCUCAUCUGGUUCAGUCAAUUACAAAGAUCUCCUGGCCAAGCUCAUAGCUGGAAAGAAUUUAAGACAAGAUUUUACGAACGUUAUCGCACACCUACAAAAGUUGAACGUCUUCGUACUGAACUUCGUCUCCUGUUCGAGCGUUACAAUGAGAGUACUUUAGACUAUUUUGAACGUCUAAAAACUCUUAUGGUCGAAAUUGAUUCCGAUUGUAACGAUCAGAUAGCUGCUAGUCAAGAAAACAACAAUUCGACUAGUUUUAUCACUAAUAACAUUUCAUUCGAUCCUGUUAUUCGUCAACGUUCAUUACCUGUGCCAACGAAUACAACUUCGUCAAUUCAACCAAACAUUUAUUAUCAUAAUAAUGAUCAACAUCCUUUUAAUAAUAAUCAGACAGUUGAUAUUACAAAUAAUUGUCUUCCUAUUAAUGAAACUGGUUGUCUACCUAAUGCUGCCAAUAAUUCAAAUUGUUUCAUUCCUCCUAACAAUGGACGUAAUAUGAUAAAUUAUGAUAAUGAAAAUAAUUAUAAAAAUAAUAACAAUAACAACAAUAAUUAUAAUGAUAAUAAUGCGUACCGAUAUAAUUCCAAAUCAAAUAACCAUUAUUAUAACAAGAAUGAUUCAAAUGCAAAUUAUAUAGAUAAUAGUCACAUGGUCUAUCACGAUCCUCAUCAUUCUUACAAUCAAAACAAUUCUUUUAAACACAAACAUUCGAAUACAAAAUUUAACAAAAAUUUAAAUCGAAACACAGUGAGUUCAUGUGAUCCUUUUAUGUCUUAUUCUAGCCAUUCAAAUCAUUCACAACCAUCACAUUCUACAAUGACACAACAUAUAUUAGCAGAUAUUGUGACUAAUCUUAUUACUGACUUAUUACUUGGAAACGAUUGGAUCUAUCCAAACAAUGUUAUUAUCGAUUCACCACAACAACACAUUUUUCUUAUGGGCGAGAACAGAAAAGUUAUAGUAUCAACACCAUUUAUUAAACCAAAGCAACUUCGAUUACCUGUUCUAUUAACAAAAGAAAUUACCCUUCAACCAAAUUCUGAAAAAUGCAUUAACAUUAAAAUAUUAUCAUCGAUGAACAAAACAUCAGAAGCAUUAUUUGAACCAACCACAUACUUACAUUCGAAAGCGAUUUUCUUAAUAAAUGCAUUAAUUAAAGUAGAAGGAAACAGAAGUCGAAUUUAUGAAUAUUAA